CAAAAAUAUAACUGCUGCAUGUAAAUAUAACACUUGAAUAUCUAGUGAUAUUUUCACUUGGAAAAAAAUGUAUAUAAUAAGUGAGUUUCACAACCAACCAAUAUAAAACCUACCACUUCCCUCACACUUAUUCUAUCUCACCUUCCACACCAACAAUGGGGGAACAGAAAGAUGAGCAAAGAGCACUCGAAGACGAUGAACCUGAAGUCAAAUACAGGGGAAUCAAAGCUAUGCCCUUCAUCAUAGGAAAUGAAACAUUUGAGAAACUCGGAGCAAUUGGAACACUUUCCAAUUUGUUAGUGUAUAUGACUACGGUUUUCAAUAUGAAGAGUAUCACCGCAACUACUCUCCUCAACGUCUUCAAUGGCACCACCAAUUUCUCCACCUUGCUUGGCGCCUUCUUGUGCGACACCUAUUUCGGUCGCUACAAGACAUUGGGUUUUUGCUUCAAUUGCAUCCUUCAUUGGUUUGCUUUUAAUCGAUCUAACUGCGGUGUUCAAAGGACUUCAUCCACCAGAAUGUGGGUCAAAAGAAGGUAGCCAUUGCGUGAGUGCUACACCACUGCAAUGGCUAUUCCUACUCGGUGGAUUCACCUCCUUAAUUAUCGGAGCCGCAGGUAUCCGACCAUGUAAUUUAGCCUUCGGAGCAGACCAGUUUAACCCUAACACAGAAUCGGGGAAGAGAGGGAUAAAUAGUUUCUUCAAUUGGUAUUUCUUCACCUUAACAUUCGCACAAGUGGUGUCGGUUACUCUGGUCGUUUACAUUCAGUCCGAUGUAAGUUGGGCUAUCGGACUCGGAAUUCCGGCGAUCUUCAUGUUCAUUUCUUGUAUCUUGUUCUUCGGAGGUACUAAAAUGUAUGUUAAGGUAAAGCCGGAGGGAAGUCCAUUCACAAGUAUGGCGAGGGUAUUAGUUGUAGCAGUGAAAAAACGAGGGUUGAAAAUGCCACAACAACCUGCGGUGUCUCUUUACAAUUAUACACCAUUGAAGUCGAUUAAUUCGGCUCUACCUUACUCGAAUCAGUUCAGUUUUCUAAACAAAGCAGCAAUCAUAACACCCGAAGACAAGCUCAACCCAAAUGGGUCAGCAUCCGACCCAUGGAAGCUCUGCAGCAUUCAACAAGUAGAAGAAUUCAAAUGCGUUAUAAAAGUACUACCCAUAUGGGCAGCAGCCAUAACCUACUUCAUCGCAAUGACCCAACAAACCCAAUACGUAGUCUUCCAAGCCCUUCAAUCCAACAGACACGUGUUCAAUUCCAGCUUCAAAAUCCCCGCAGCUUCGUACACCGUUUUCACCAUGCUCACACUCGUCUUCUUCGUACCCAUAUACGAUCGUCUCAUUGUCCCCCGACUCCGCAGCAUCACCGUGGAACAGAAACGAAGGAAUCUUGCUCUGACAAAACCGACGUUAGGGUAUGAACCCCAUCGAGGAGAAAUUUCGUCCAUGUCUGCUUUAUGGUUGAUUCCGCAACUAUCUUUAGCUGGAUUUGCUGAGUCUUUCACUGCGAUAGGUUUAGUUGAGUUUUACUAUAAACAGUUUCCUGAGAAUAUGCGAAGCGUCGCUGGUGCUUUUUUCUUUUGUGGGAUGGCAGCGUCUAGUUACUUGAAUAGCUUCUUGGUUACGAUUAUUCAUCAUACGACUGAAGGGGCUGCUACUGGAAACUGGUUGCCUGAGGAUCUUAACAAGGGUAGAUUGGACUAUUUCUAUUUCUUGAUAACGGGUUUGGGGAUCUUGAAUCUUGGAUACUUUUUGGUGUGUUCUAGGUGGUAUAUGUACAAAGAGAAAAGCAAUACUGGUAUGGUUGAGAUGGAAAAGAAAGAUGAAAAAUCUGUUGUUUGA